AUGGCCGGCACUGAGCAAGGAGCUAUAAUCUCUUGUAAUCGGAAAGGUAAGACACCUGCGGAAAAAAUCGUUGCCGUUUAUCCUGGACAUAUUGGACCUAUUUAUGCAUUACAAAGGAAUCCAUUUUUUCCGAAGAACUUUCUUAGCAUUGAUGGAACGUUAAGUAUUUGGGACAUGAUAUUCAAACAAAAAGCCCCGGCUCUUAAUAUUCAGAUUUGCGAUGAACCUCUGCAUUGUCUCAGAAUUCAGGAACAAGGCCGACUACUUGCAACGGGAUCGCAUAGUGGAGUAUGUACAAUUUUAGAGCUAUCUGAAGGAUUUUGGAGCCAACCGAAAAACGAAAAAUCUGUUGUAACAGCUAUGUUUGAGAGAGAAACCCAUCGCGAAAAAAUUCUGGAAGCCAGACACAGAGAAAUAAAACUGCGUAAACUGAAAGGGCAAGGAACAGAGGAAACAACGUUAGGUGCUGAAGAAGAAUCGUACACAAAACAAGUAGAAGAACUUAUCAGGUUGACAGAAGAUCAGUUUUUUGAAACUAUCGAGCGUAAAUUUAAAGAGCGUCAACUGAAAGAAGGAACGCUCACAGAAUCUGCGUUUGCGUUAGACAACAAGCAGGAGAAUAUAGUGUUGGACGAAGAGGAGGAAGAACGACCAGCGACAAGCGAUGAGGAACAGGAUAAUGGUGAGAAGGAAGGUAUACAAGCUGAAGCGAAUGAAAAUAACGAAACUAUUCAACUUUAG